AUGGCUCCGGUGAUGAUUCCUGUCAAUCAGUCAACAGCUAUCAAUAUAGAAGUGAGAGAUACUGACGGGGAUACCAUUCGUUGUCGAUGGGCGAUGAAUUCGAGUACAGUUAAUGAAUGUGGAGAAGCGUGUGCACCUGUUUCAUUAGCAAAAAACACCACUAUCUAUCCCAAUUGUACUAUUAUAAUUACAGGUGAAAGUAUCGAUGAUUGGUAUGCUGUCACUGUUAUAGUCGAAGAUUUUAUAGAUUCAUUUAGCAACACUCCACUCAGCUCAGUGCCCAUUCAAUUUCUUGUACAUGUAGUCGUCCCAUCUACCAAUCUAUCCCAGACUACACCGUCAGAAACAAUCAAUUGGCCUAUUUUUGGAACGGUCACCAGCUUAGCUCUACUAACUAUACUUGCAUUAUCAUGCUGUUCCAUGUGGUAUUCUUCCUCGUCGAAUCAACAGCAAACAAAGAUGCAUCGAAUUGUAUCACAUUGA